UGUACACCUAGAAACGCCACUGGGCAUGACCUCUUGCUCCCCCUUUGCGACCCCAUGUCAAAUGUUCUAGAACCGCCACUGGGGAGGAGACGUGACGUCCGGUCACACCCUGUUUAAUAAUUAAUCUCGUCGUUUUGAGAAAUGUUGUGAGAUUUAAAGGCGUGAAGAAGCGUUUAAGGAAGUCUCUGGAAAGAAGCCAGGUUAUCGUUUUAAGUCUGGGGGUUUGUACUUCUUUCUUCAUAACACACGUGUGUUGACGAUGUCUGUCAUGUUACAUAGGAUAUUGCGACCCGCGUUGAAACCGGCUCAGCUGCUGUCAGCAGUCAAAAACAAGCAGCCACUGUGGAGGCACGAGACGCUGGUCAGCGCGAGCUCUGCGUGCGAUGCAACUAUUCGGUCACUCGAAGACUGUCUCGAGGUCAACUAUGGAGGGGCGCCGAUGCGGUUCAACUACGUGUGGCUGAGGGAUCACUGCCGCUCUGACGCUUCAUACAACUCCAGCACUAACCAGAGGAACCUGGACACUGCGAGUAUAGACCUCUCCAUCCGCCCUGACAACACAACUGUGCAAGACGGCCAUCUGGUCCUCACCUGGCCAGGAGGUCAUGUCUCAAAGUACAGCCUUAGCUGGCUAGCUGAGAACAGCUACGAAAAAAAUAAGCAAAGCCCCAUCCAGCCACGCAUCCUCUGGAAUUCAGACACCUACAAAAAGGCCAACAUACCCUCUGCAAAAUGGGAAAGCUUUAUGAGUUGUGACGAUGAAGUAAAGAAAUUUCUUCAAAACUAUCUUCUGUAUGGGAUCGCUUUUGUAGAUGAUGUCCCUGCUACAGUCGAAGCCACAGAGGCAGUCACCCAGAGAGUCAGUCUUAUCAGGGAGACUACAUAUGGAAGAAUGUGGUGUUUUACAUCAGAUUUUUCCAGAGGGGAUAGUGCCUAUAGCCAGCUGGGCCUGGACCGUCAUACUGACAACUCCUACUUUCAGGAACCUUGUGGAAUCCAGGUUUUCCACUGUCUCAAACAUGAAGGAACUGGGGGAAGGACACUGCUUGUGGAUGGGUUCUACGCCGCUGAAAAAGUUCGCCAGCAGUCUCCUGAAAACUUUGAGCUGCUGGCCAAAGUGCCUAUCAGACACGAGUACAUUGAAAAGUCUGAAAACCACCGCAACCACAUGACAGGCAUCGGCCCUGUACUCAACGUCUAUCCUUGGAACGAUGAAAUGUACAUGAUUCGAUACAACAACUAUGACCGAUCGGUGAUAAACAUAGUGCCCCACGACCUUGUUCGACGAUGGUACGUGGCACAUCGAGAGCUGACAAAUGAACUAAGGAGACCAGAGAAUGAGCUGUGGGUGAAACUGACUCCGGGAAAAGUGAUUUUCAUUGACAACUGGCGGGUCAUGCAUGGGAGGGACUCUUUCACCGGCCUGAGGCAGCUGUGCGGAUGCUACCUGACCAGAGAUGAUGUCCUGAGUUCUGCACGUGUCUUCGGUCUGCAGGCCUGAUCCUGGACAUCAAGACCUCUUCACCGCUGUGCCUUGUCAGUUAGCCUAUGCAAAUUAGAGUUAAGAUGAUCCAGGUCCUUUCUGAGAGAGCGAGAGAUGGAGAAAAGCGAUUCAAGCCGAAUCAUCAAGUCAGUUGCUACAAAGUUGACCUCAACCCAACUUUGUAACAACCUUCAGGAUAGGCGAUUAAUUUAACUGGCUAUCAAUUGCCUGUUUUGACGGUUGGUACUCCAAGGUGAAUGUAUGUUUUAUUGUUUAAUACAACUUAACUGAUUUCUGAUCAGUCUAUCCUAUAUCAAUUAGGGUAUUACAACUAUAGGUAAAUGUGGCUGAUUGGCCACUGACGUUGCCAUAACAACACCUGCAUUUAAAUGUGCAACCUCUUUUUGUGACAGAUUUUGCAUGAAAAUAUAAUUCUUCUGAUUGAUAUUUCCUAUUGACAGCUAGUUUCUAUGUGAACAUUAUGAGAUGGACAGCCA